AUGGUGAGUGACGGAAUUCUAGCUCGGAUUCUGAAGGAGAAAAUGUUGCCACUUUGGCAAGGUUAUUAAGUUUAAAAUUUAAGGGCGGGGAGGAUCAAGUUACCGUAUGAAUAGCUGCCACGGGCGUUGCAAGGCUGUUUUUAAUGGGUAGGAAGUGGGUAAAAGAAAGGGGGUUAUAAAGAAAUUUGGAAAAACUUUUUUUUUUGUAAAAUUAUACUCCUUUUUAGCGCCAUUUUAAAAUACUUUUUGUUAUCUGCACUUUUAAAACAGAUUUUACAAAAAAAGUAAAGAUUCUGAAGUAAGGGAGGAUCCGAUGACAUUUUACUCUGGGAAAGUAUUCGAAUACCUUGGGGCCGUUUCUGACUUCGAAAGUACUUUAAUUCCAAACUUUUGCUCUAACUAGUGGUGGGAACGGGAUUUUAAUAAAUAUGAAUAGUAAAUUGGGGACAAUUUUUGGGCCGUGAGAGAUAACAAUAAUAUUACUCCAAGUUUUAUUAGUUUUUGAUGUGUUUCCAAUGGGUUCAUAAAACAAUGUCCAUAUUGUAUUGUCACAUAUCGUAUAUGUAAAUAGAUUACAUUUUUUAUUUUCCAAAGAUGUAUUUACGUGUAUGAAUCUUUGUAUCUUCUUGCAAAUCCUCGGGAUGUCAGACAUUUGCCCAUCCGUAAACCUCUUCAUCGUCGUAUCAAGAUUGUUGUUUACCGUGUGAAUCUGAAGCAUUCCUCAUCUCAUAAUCGUGUUAGUCCAGCUAUUGUUCGUUCUCACAAAUAAUAUUUGUAAUCAUAACAAAUCGAGCGUUCUCUAAUGUGCAAUCAAACGUGCUGUCUGAAAACUUGUUAUAUUGAGAUGUUGUUGUAGUGAUAUGACAUAUCUUAAGACAAAACUUUACAAUAAGACGGUUGCAAUAUAUUAGUUCAGUUCAAAGUUGCUACUUUGUUUUCUUACCAUUAUGGUAUAACGCAGUAACUGCCAAUUACAAUAUGUUAGCUUUCAAAAUAACCUUUCGAAACCUUGUGUAAACCUUGUUUUAGUACUUUUUCUGUGUCGUGUUCCGGCGUCACCUUAAUAAUUAUCCAGUCGUCGUUCCCGAUUUAGGCCGUCUGCCAAACACACGCACACAUUCUGACUUCUCCAUCUUUUCACAACUUGGUCGGGGCCAAGUUGUCUUUGUUUGAGUGUUAAUUUCCUGAGGUUCUUCACACUUGCCGCACGUGCUGAUUUAGUCGUUUAAUUAAUAUUUUAUGUUCAGACACAUUAACAUAUUAACUGCUGUAAGAUACGUGACUUUAACAGAGUUAAUGGUUACUGUGACUUUUAGCUUUAUAUGGUACUUGAGAUUGAAGAAUAGAUAAAUUUGUAUUUUAACUUCAAGUUUGUCAUCUUUGAGUAUUGUUUGAUGUAUAAUUAGUGAAUUACCGUAUUGCAAUAUAAAACUUUUCAUCGUACUGUAACACUAUUGUCAUGUUUAUCUAUAUUCACUUAUAAUGUUUUAUACUAAUACUCUUUAUGACAAGUCUAUAAUACAGUACAUUUCCAGAGCUCGGAAGUUGCGGUAGAUCGACAUGACUUGGCAGAACUGCGACUGGUCGAUAUCACCUUACCAACGCCCAUGAGGUUGCUGCCAGGCCUGGAAUCGCCGUUAAUUUCCGCCGUCAAAUUGGCGUUGUUUAUGAGUAGGUGGUGAUAUUUGAGUAGAGGCAUUAAUUAUGCAGGAACUUUGUUUACAUACACACGAUAUUUACAACUUUUAUUGGAUUCGUAAUGUCGGGGGUCUUUUUGCAAUGAUCAAACAACAUUUUUUGUAGAAUAAUUGUAUAUUUUGGGUGAAUAUUGGUCAAAAAGUAAUGGGAAAGCCAAAGUUAAUUAUCAUUGCCAAAAAAAACUUCUUCUUUGACUUAAAACGUUAUUCUAAUAUAAACUAUGAUCAUAUAAGAUUAUACAAAGAAUGGCUGUAAUGCCAUUCCUUUCCAGUGGUCCACUCGCCUUCUGGUCUGGCCUGUGUGAAGAGUUGCUCCAAUGCCCUGAGGGGGUCAUUUGUCUCCAUUGUGGGCCAAUCUGAAGAUGUGGAUACGCGGUUACUGGCCCCGUUUCAUGCCAUUAUCACCAAGAGCCGAACCAAUUCUGUCGCCAAACGAAAGCUGGCAUGGGUCUGUCAGUAAGUGAUUGAUGUGCAACAUUAACAAGUUUCGGGGUAGUGAACUAACUUAAAACAACGUGGUAAAGCUUUGUGAUAUCAUUGUAUUUUAGUCAUAUGGUACUAAAAAUCAUUUUAAAUUUUCAGUUCAAUGCGCAAAUUUGAAUAUUGUCUGUCAUCAUGUUCAGAGUCCAGAGCCAAGUCCUUACAAUUGAUAAAAGUGGGUCAAUGGUACACUAUUUGUGAUGCUAGCAAGACAUAUCCUAAAAGUAAGACCUUUUUCUACUUUUUUUUUAAAUUUAAAUGCACUUUAAUUAAAUUGAUGCAGAAAUAAUGGCGCGUAUCGGUUGUUAAUUGGCGUUUCAAAUGUUUCUUCUUAUGACUUUUUGAAUUUUUAAAACUUGAAAAUGAAAUUUUUGAGGUUUUCACUUUGAAAUUUAAAAACUACGAAUUUAAGAAUAAUUCAGAGAGAAUUCGUUUUAGGUUUUGUAGAUUUCAUUGGCUGUGAGAAGCGACAUCACGAUGAAGUGAGUAAAAUGUGUCCACAUCUUGACGUGUCCUUGACUGACACUCUCAACUCCUUUUGCAGGUACUUUCUUUACAAGACAAUUUUAAUCGGAAUAUUUCAAAAACUCAAAUUUUAGCAUUUCUAUGUGUUCAAAAAGUUUACAGAACUAUCUUUUAUGACAAACAAAGCUUAUACAAGUAAAUCUUUAAUUUAAAAAACAUUUUUUGUUUAUUUAAAUUUUUUAAUCAUUAAAAACACUUUUAAAUUCCUCACAUUUCUUCUCAAUGAUCUCAUUAACCUUUGUAUCAAAAUACCAAAGCGAAUUAAAAUUAGCCUGAAUUGAAACCUAACUACGCUGACAUACUUUACUUUUGAGUUUUACACUAUUGCUCUUUGCGAAUACGAAAUGAAAUAGAACAAAAAUCAAACAUAAGUUAUAUUAUACUUUCAAACUCUGCAAAAAAUAGAAGUUCACGUAAAUUACUGUAAUUUUUAGGAAAAUGAACGAUCAUAGUGAAUGUUAUGCCAAAGUCAACUUCAAGUGUGAAUCUGCUAAUGCUACUAACGUAUGUUUAACUAUGAAGAUACGCUUUUUACAAUGACAUAUGAUACACUAAACUCCAUAUUAUAACCACAACUAUGUAGCGUAUAUAUAUAAUAUAACUAUGUAAUCUAUAUAAGAGUCAAUUGUGAUUUUAUAGAUAUGGAAGAUUGUGAACAACGCGAUUCAAGAAUCCUACUACAAAAUCCUGGACGUAUCAAGCAAAGAUGCACAUCUACCUCCCGAAUGCGAGUGGGCUAUGAGGAACAUAGCACUAACAACAACAACCAAAUCAACAUCCCUCCUAUCUACACCUUCUACCACACCCACAACUACGGUAACCUCAACACAAGUACACGAGUUUACUGUAGAUUACUGGCAAGAUGUGGAUCAGUCACAUUUGUACGUAUACGAACCACGCUCGACUACAGGAGUUACUACGGAGUCACCUACCAUGAUGCCUAUCUACGCCAAUCAUUCGCCUCAAAAUGCCUCUGGCCAAAAGCCUACUACUGCCAUGUGUGUUAUCUUACUGUGUAUCAUAUUUUUGAGUUCAUUUUGGUAA